AUGGGCAGGCUCGUCCUGAAGACCAGCGUGAAGUUGAACUAUUAUACUUUGCUUUCAUUAGCUGCACUCGUUUUCGUGACCAGCGCCAAGUCCGUUGGGCCAGUGGUGCCCGACAACCACAAUGCUUAUGGAUACCUGAAAAACAUUGGUAUUCCUGAAGCAGAAAGGAUCCAGAAAGCCGAGGAAGCCUACUUGAGCGGAUCUAGAAUCGUCGGUGGAGUACCUGCUGCGCUAGGCCAGUACCCGUAUCAGGCUGGUCUUAUUACUGAUAUUGUUGGCACAACUGGCAGAGGCGUAUGCGGUGGUUCACUCAUCAGCUCUAACAGGGUCUUGACAGCCGCCCAUUGCUGGUUCGAUGGACAAAAUCAAGCCUGGCGAGUUACCGUCGUUCUUGGAUCGAUAUUGCUGUUCUCAGGUGGAACCAGAUUAGAAACGAGCGUUGUGAUCAUGCACCCUAACUGGUUCCCAUUUCUGGUCCGUAACGACGUCGCUAUAAUUUACCUACCCAGCUCGGUAGUUACGUCAGCUACUAUUGCACCGAUUGCAUUGCCGACGCAAGCUGAGGCCAGUGAGACCUUCGCUGGAUCCCGUGCUAUCGCGUCAGGAUUUGGUCUUACCAGUACAGGUGGUUCUAUAUCAACAAACCAGUUCCUGAGUCAUGUAAGCCUAAGCGUAAUCGCUAAUAGUGUCUGCAACAUUGCCUUCCCGGCGCUUAUCCAAGACUCGCACAUCUGCACCAGCGGCACCGGUGGCGUUGGAGUAUGCGGCGGUGAUUCUGGUGGCCCGCUAGCCCUCAACCACAACGGAAGAAUGAUUGUGAUUGGUAUUACUUCGUUUGGUAUUAGAUUCGGAUGCGAUAUUGGUUACCCAUCUGCGUACGCGAGGGUUUCAUCUUACCUUACCUUCAUUGGUCAACACAUA